AUGGGAAUGGGGGCGUCUGUGCGGCGUGAGCCCAAACCAGCUGCUCAGGAGUUGGCUCGCGAUGAGAGCGGUCAGGCAGAAUCUGGGAUACGUCAACAGUCCGAUGCGCCUCCGGUCGCCGACAAGCCUGCCGCGGCCGAAGUGGAGGAGGAUACCGGAGUUCAGGCGAACACCAUUUCGCCUGCCCCGGAACCACAAGAGGUGGUACAGGUGGCACCGGAGCCCGCCAUCAGCCCAGAGCCGGUGGCAGGUGGAGGAGGAGCCGCCGCAUCCUCCAGCGCUCUGGUCAAAGCCGUGGAGGCAGAAAAUUGGGCCGAAGCAGAGCAGCUCCUGAACGAGAGGCCAGAGGAGUGUGAUGUGAAUGCGCGGACUGCUGACUGGAACUACAGCUUGCUGCGUGCCUCCGCAGAAGAGGGAGCCGAAAGUGUUUGCCGGCUCCUGCUUGCGAAGCAGGCUGACGUGAAUGCAAGAGACCAGAACAACAUGACGCCCCUGAUGGGCUGCGUGGUGGGAGGUGACUUCAGCGGCAUCGUCUCGCUUCUCCUGGAGGCACGAGCAGAUGCUGCAGCCGUCACCGAUGAUGGCUUCACUGCUCUGAAAUGGGCCACCCGGCCGGGCCCUGAGGAGGCUAAGGCACUGCUUGAGGGGCAGGGUGACAGUGCUUGCGAUCCUACGCGAAGCGUGGAGGAUGGUCACGCUCGUAAUAGUGAAAUUAGCUAG